ACAGAGUAGAUGCGUCUCUAUUAUUUGCGACCGUGGCGCCCAUCCAUCUCCUCCCGAGGCCCGGCGGCCCUUUCGAGCGCUGGCGCAAACGAUUCUGGGGCAUGAAUUUCGACGCCUACCUUCCCGUCGAAUCCUACCUCCUCUUUAGGGUUGUCGCCACUCAUGGCGUCGACACCGCCGGUUUCACCGCCGCCUCGCGUGAGCUGACCAACAACGACCACGUCAAGUCGGAACCCACGUACGACCCUACCCGCCUCACCCCGGACGCCCUCCGCGAACUAUUCAUCUACCACAUUCGGGAAGAGUAUGCCGACCUCACCUGUCCCGCCGGGAGACCCCCUCCUCCCCAGCUGCCGCCCAUCCCGCACCGCGAGUUGAUCCUCGAUAACUUCCACAAGAUCAUCGCCCUCGUCGACAGGCUCUGGGAAAGAUACCGAUCUGGAAUUCUUGCCUCCAUUCACCAAGAUGAGCGGAAGUAUUUCGACCUUCAAGCAGAAAUUGAGCAGUUAGAAAAGGACGAGCGCCAGGCGCUGGAACCCAAGGCCGAAGCCGAACUGGUGAAGCAACGAGCAGGACCGGACGCCGCGAAGGAGAAGCAGGUGCCCCUUCAAGAUGGCAUACCGUCUACCGAGACUGAACCUGGUCGACCUCCAGCCCAGCCUCCCGUCCAGGCGUCCACGCAGCCUCCAGCUCAACCUCAACCUCAACCCCCGUCUCAGGGCCGACCAACGCCAUCUCGCAUCCAGACACCCGCUCCACCUCAACUUCCGGCACAACCCCAGACAGCCCCGUCCCAUGCUGCCGUGACCACGCCCCUCUCCACUCCGAGCCCCGUCCCGACGACCGCACCGCCCGUCGCGCCUUCUCCUGCUGAACGUCCUACACACUCACCUGUGCCGACUCCCGUACCCGCCGCAACCUCUACACCCGGUAAACCUUCGCCAAAGCCCGCACAACAAACCAUCCCCGAGGCGCUGCCCGUCGUCUCAUCUGCCGCCUCUUUCCAACCGCCGUCUACUGCGCCGCCGACCCAGGUACCCCAGGCUGUUCCGCCGCCUGCCAGGCCUCAACAUCUUCCUCUGAAGCCAACCGCCGCGGCGAACGGCUCCGCAUCGAGUCCCGUGCUUCAGCCCCCUGUCGGCGCCGGCCAACCGCCGUCCCGAGGCCUCCAGUCGGCCUCACCCGUGCCGUUGCCCGCCGUAUCCCCGCGACCCGAUGCUUCCGGAAAACCGAGGACACCAGGGCCAUCGGCGCCGGCGGGGCCACCGCCCUCUGCGCCGACACCUACAACGCUCAAAUGGGAGAAGCCAUACCAGCCUCCGGCACCCUCAAAUGCUCAGGCCCAGGUCGCAGCUCGCGCUGCAAUGGCAACCACCCACCCGGCCAGCAGCGCCCCCGCGACGCCCCAACCACAGCAGCCGUCGCAAUGGUAUCCUCAGUCGACUGGUCAACAGCCAGCACAACCUCAUCUUCAGCCUCAUCUUCAGCCUCAACCUCAGCAGCAGCAGCAGCAGCAGUCUCAACAGCAGCCUCCUCCACUGCAACCGCAGUCACAAAUUCGACCUCCCCCACCUCCUCCUCCUCCGCAAGCACAAGGACAAAGACCCCCAUCACAGCCCCAGCAGCCUGUCCUUGCUCCACCACAGGCGCCCAGUCAGCUAGCGGCACCUGGUCAAGCAGCUCCGACAAAGAGUGCCCCCGAUCCCGGCGCAAUUCAACCACCUCAGGUCCGGCCUGCAUCCACAACUCCCGUUCCUCGUCCCGUCGUUCCCACCGCAAAAGUCCCAGCCCCUCAAGCUCAAGCUCAGACGCCCCAUGUGCCGACUCCUACCCCCUCCGCUCAGCCACGGCCCAUCGCCGCCGCUCCCUCUCCAGCACCGCUUACUCCUACACCUGCCGCAGCACCCCCAAGGCAAGCUGCGCUGCCGCAAUCACAGCAGAAACGCCCACAGCAGCCCAUUCUCGCCCCCCAGUAUGCACAACAGCAGUUUACCCCUUCCCCCCUGGCUACCCAGACCCAACAACCUCUUGCCCAUCCACAGCGGCCCGAUGCGUCAAGACGCCCGAGUUCCCCUUAUGUCAAUCAACUACCGAGGCCCGCCCUUCCUCCUCGUCUCGCUUCGCAGCUCGCCAGUUCCUCUUCGCCUUCACAGAACACCCACACCAUUUCCGGUCAUGCAGCCCCCCAAACUCCGGCAUCUGCUCCAACGCCGUCCUUUGUUUUGACCGGAUCUGGGACUCGGUGGGCCCCCAACUCGACACCAUCAACACCGCGGCCACUGGCUCAGGGUGCCGAUGUCCCUAGUCCGGCGUUCGAGUCCCUGAGUCCAGUCCAGGUGCCGGCCAAACUCCCCGCUCCGUCACAGACCCAACCUCGGAGUCAGGUCAGCACGAAGAUGGAGGCCCCCCAACAGAAAGAAACAAAGCCUUCGGCUCGAAGGGGACGGCCGCCACGUAGUGCGCAGAGAGAUGGGGUUACGUCAGAGACGCCUUCGCGGAUGCCAGCCUCCAUGAGACGCCGCUCGGUGGCCUCUCCCCUGGACGAGCUGUCCAUGGACGACCAUCAUCUGACGCCACACAUCAAGGACGAAGUGGUGACGCCGCGGCGAUCAGAAGAGACAGGUGAUACGACAGCAGACGAAAGCAUGCCGUCGCGGCGGUCAACACGCCCCUUGGCCACCCCGAGUGCGGGUGGUAUGCAGUCACGCAUGAGCCAAAAGCGAAAGCGACAAUCUUCUUCUGCCGAGUUGUUGCCUCCCGCGCCCCCCUACACCCGACAACCGCAACCCUCCAAGCUCCAACCAGCGAGCAGGCCGACGCACGUCCUCUGGACGCGCCAGUUCGGGCGGAUCAGCAGCUCGGCCCUGGACCAGAUCAGCAGCCACCGGUGCGCCAACCAGUUCGCGAACCCGAUCCGGGAGCGCGACGCGCCGGGGUACAAGAGCCUGAUCCUCCAGCCGCAGGACAUCAAGUCGAUCCGGGCGGCCAUGACGCACGGCAAUCGCGCGGCGACGGAAGCCGCCAAGAACCUCGAGGGCGGCGACCCGGGCACGCCGACCGUGUGGCUGCCCGUCAGCGACGAGCUCCUGCCGCCCAGGUCGAUCAUCAACAGCGAGCAGCUGGAGCGGGAGCUCGUGCACAUGUUCUCCAACGCCAUCAUGUAUAACCUCGACCCGUACCGCGGCGUGGGGAACUCGUUCCUCAAGUCGGAGGCCGCGUCGGCGGGCCAGGGGCAGGGGCAGGGGCAGCAGCCGUCGACGUACCGCGUGGACGAGGACGCUGUGGUGCGCGACUCGCGUAUUAUGUUUGUCGAGGUGGAGAGGUUGCUCGGUGAUUUACGCAACGCGGAGAGGGACCGUAGCGGGUUGCCUCCGUCGGCGAAUGGUAGUGCCAGUGGUGGUGGCCACGGCAAUGGCAAUGGCAAUGGCAGCGCCGGCUCCAGUGUCGGUGUCGGCGUCGGUGUCGGUGUCGGUGCUGGUGUCGGGGCCAACUUGCGGGCUACCGCCGCCGCUGCCACCACGCCUACACCGCGGAGACCUAGCACCCCGGCGGGGCAGGUGGUCGACGACGACGUGGAUGAGCUGGCGGGCGAUGGGGAGGGAUCCGUGCUGAAGAGGAGGCGCAUUGGUACACGUGCUUAGAAGCCACCUGAGAUGUUGCGAUCCGCAUGCAUGGUCGGAUGGCGUGAUUAGCGGUCUUGAUUUGGUGUUUUACAUUGCGAGUAUACGGGCGGUUUGCGCAAGGGUUCAGGGGGGGUGUAUCAAACAUGGUGGUG